AUGCCGCAUCAAAAUUCCCCAACUUCUUCUACUCCUUCUACCCGAGCAUCCUCUUCUUCAUUUUCAUUCUUUAAUAGCCGAAUAUUUGGCUCUUUUUUGGCAAAUAAUUCUUCACAUCCAAUGAUGUUUGACUUCCCUACUUUGCCCCCUCAUUUGCUCGAUCCAAACGGUUAUGCUCAAUCUCCAGUUGGCCAAUUAAGUCGAAGCAAUGCUGUUUUAAUGAGAGAAAAUCAACAAUUGACUAAUAGAGUGCAGGAUUUGGAAAAUUCUUUACGUGAUCACGUUGCCCAUUUAAAUUCUGUAUAUUUUACUUUACAUCAACAUUAUGGAUUUGAUGCUUUACAACUUCCUGGAGGUGAACUUGUCCAUCUUUCACAAUUUAAAGGCCCAGAAGUUGUUUUGUUAACUUUUGUUCACAAUCCAAAACAACAAUAUCAACAACAAAAACACCGACUUUCUUUAGACGCCCAACUUUGUGUUUCUCCUGAUGAUACACAUAAACAACAACAAUUAACAACAACAACAUCUUCAAUAAAUAAUCGUCGUAACAGACUUUUAUUGCUUCAACAAAAACAAUUACAACAAAUUAGGCACAAACAACCACCUUUACUUUCUUCCCUUUCCCCUACUGCUACUUCAUCUUUACCUUCACAAUUCUCUCAACAACAUUCACCACCAUCAACUUCGAGUGAUUCUGCUUGUUAUUCUUCUAAUUCUGUUGAACAACAACUAGUAUCAGGUCCAAGCAGUACAGAAUCUUCUUCAAUCUCUGCAGCCUUUUCUUCAACUUCUUCAUUAGAUCCAGUUGAAAUGCUUCGCCAAUUAUGUAUUAAAUCUUCAACAGACCAACAAUCAACAGAACAAAUACAAGGGUAUGUUGGAUGGCUUAAAGAACAAGAAAAUGGAGAAAAUAAAGAUGAAGAAGAAAAACAACGUCUUUUAGAAUAUCUUAGAGCACAACAAGUUCAGGCACAAGUUCAACAACCCCUUAUUAUUAAUGAAGAUAAAAGAAAAUAUUCAAUAAAUACAUUAACUACAGCUAGUUCUGAUGGCUGGAGAAGUGCCCGUUCUGAAACUGUUCCUUCUACAAGUGAACAACAAAAUGAAGAUAAUUGUGAAAAACCUCCAAAUAGUAGAGCUACUUGGCCACCUAGAUUUCCAUUAAUGAAUAAAACUAGAAAAUUUAGAAGUAUCCAAUUUCUUGGCAAUCGUCGUUCAACAAGUAGCAGUUCAGUCUCUCCCCACCCAAUACCUACAACAACAGCUUUUUUAUCUGGAAAUCAUCGAGGUAAUUCUUCAACCUCCCCAAGAGGCAUUAGUGGAAUUGGUAGACAUUCACCCCAUUCUCCAAAUAGUAAUGAAAGGAAACAACAAAAGACUAGAAUAGGGAUUGGGCCUAUGGCUACAGCAGCAUGUAGAAAUACUUUAAGAAUUGGUGGUAGUGAUUCUCGAGGGGGCACGAAAAGAAAUUUACUUUAA